GGUGUUUGUUCUCAUCGUAGGCCUCUUCUCUAUGUUAGAUUUUAGCAUGUCAAGAACCGCCAAUUACUCAAACUCCCAAAUCAUCAGUAUGCACGGAAUCCAUUUGCAAUCAAUGGUCAUUAACAACUUAAAUUCCACGGUAAAUUCAACGUUUGUAGCCGGAUGCAAUGUCAUGUUCAACAUCACGAACAAACGAGAUAUGGAGUAUUUUUAUGAUAAGGGAGUGAUAUGGGUAAUUUUCGAUGAGAAAAUCAUGUGGACGUUACCAACAAAUGAAUUUUAUCAAGCAGUCGGAGAGACAACGUUGGUGAAUGCAUCGGCUAUUCCUGCAAAAUUGGAGACAGAUUUGUAUGUACCAGGAGCACUUGCAAGUGAUAAGAAAUUGCAUGAAUGGGAAAUGUUUAAGGUGAGGUUUGACAUAUAUUAUAGGGGUGGCGUAGGAAGAAAUGGAUUUAAUUUAGGUGGAUUAAAGUAUGUUUGCAAUGUCAAUAUGUCUUUUCGUGAUGAGACUACACUUGUUGGUGGACCAAGCGCUUGUAUUGGUAGCGUAGAGGAUAUCACUAGUUGUGACAACUUGUUCUUAUGUUCUACAAAUUAAAAACAAUGCAAGUUGUAUGAGCUAGCUCUUGAUUUUGAUAAAAGAUAAUAUUUUUUUA